AUGACAGGAAAGGUUCUACUCGCAGCUAAGGCUGCGACCUAUAUUUUACUCCUGGGCAUCACUAUAAAUGGAACACAAUCAGAUUCGAAUACAUUAAUUUUUAGCUCAGGUGAUGCCAGAAAAUGUGUUGCAGAAAUGGGGAAAGAUAUUACCCGUUUUGGAGUUUUACCUGGUUCAGGAUGGGAUAAUCUUAGAAAUAAAGCCAGAGGAUUGGUUGUCUCUUUCAACUAUUCUGAAUGUCGUACAACAGACGAUGGCAAAUAUCUAAUUCCAGACAAUGUUUUUACCGUACCCAUUAAAACAAGUCAGGUUGAAGUCCUUGGCGAAUAUUUUCAGCACUGGUCUGAUUAUGUUUCAACAACGUCAUACUCCAUAAAUGCUAUCGGAGGGAUGAAUCGUAUAAGAUUACAAAUAAGCGGAAGUUUCUCCUUCGAGAAAGAGAGAAUAAGGAAAAAUCAACUCGUGAACAAUGUUGUAACGACCCGUGUACAAGCAAGGUAUGUCCGUUAUUCCGCCAAACUUCAGGAAAACUCGCAACUGAAUCCAGCAUUUCGUCAGCAAAUAAAAAACAUUGCAGACAAUAUCCGAAAGAAUUUAUCAUCACUAGCUGAAUAUGAAAGUCAAGUACUAGUUCGAGAUUUCGGAACACACAUCGUGACUAGUGUCGAUGCAGGAGCUGUUGUUUCACAGACCGAUGAUAUAAAAUCAACUUUUGUAAAGAGUGUGAAUAAAGACAGUGCAAAAAUUAUUGCUGCAGCAAGUGCAGUUUAUCGACUGAAAUUCAAUAUUUUUGCCACUACCAAAAUUGCAGCGUCUUCAGAUCUCAUUAGAGAGUAUGAGACAAACAGAAUACGUAGCUUUGUUCAGGCCCAUGGAGGACCAAUUUUCAAGCCAAACAACUAUUCUUUGAAUGAAUGGGCCUCAGAAGUGAAAGACAAUCUGGUUGCUGUUGACCGUAGCGGCUCUCCGAUCUAUGAAUUGAUAAAUUGGCGUAAUUUUCCAGAAUACCCCCCGUCUAUUGUAUAUAUUACAUUCCAGCAUGUGAGAAGUGCGGUGGAAGAGUACUACAAGUUCAAUACUUAUCGUGGAUGUACAAAAAUUGACUCUCCAAACUUUUCAAACAUGGCUAAUUUUGAUGAUGGGACAUGUUCGUACAACGUUGGCAAUUAUACAUUCGGUGGGGUAUACCAGAAAUGCACACAAAUUGGACAGUUGAACAAAAAUAUAUGUACACGCCAGAAAAACCCACUUACAGGGGACUAUUCCUGUCCAAAGGGAUACGAGUCUGUUUUUCUGUUAAAAGGACAAGUUUCGUCCUCAGAAACUCGUCAAAAGUGCACAUCCUGUGGCUUCCUUUGGCUAAGCAGUUGUUGUUCAUAUUAUUACGUGUAUGGUACAGCAUACUAUGAAACACAUUGGUGCGUAGGUAAUGUUCAAAAUAAUCAUCAUUCGGGUUUCCUUUUUGGGGGGAUCUAUGCAAGCAGUAUAGAAAAUCCACUAACCCAGGAGCACGAAUGUCCGCUUUAUUUUUAUCCCCUCUCGAUAGGCGAAGACAUUAAAGUUUGUGUGUCAGAUGACUUUGAACUAGGACUUCGGUACUCUGUAGCUUUUGCUGGUCUGUUUAGUUGCAAAUCGGGCAAUCCACUGGCAAUCAUGAAAGAAGAUGGUGACAAAAACAGUACAAAAAACAUACAUUCAUAUCUUAUUUCUGCCAAUCCCGAAUUAUGGCCCCAUGCUUGUCCAACUGGUUAUAGUAUGCAUCUAGCCGCCCUGGCAGAAUCAUGUGAAGUCAAUUACUGUGUAAAAUCAAAUACCCUUUCCAACUUAGAAUUUCCUAAAGUUCGAAGACCGCCUUUCAUUGAACUACCGAGCGAAGCGUUUCUGAAAGUAGAUGAUGCCAAUGUCACUUACCAGGCACAGACUGGAUCGAAUCAAUCGUCUACAGAUUCUGAUGUUCAAACAACUUCCUUAUCUGAAGAAAAGAAGACUAUCGCAGUACUAUCAGUCUUACUGUCCGUGGCAGUAAUAGCUAUUUUGGGUAUUUUUGUCAGAUUCUGCAUUAGAAGGCGACGAAACAAUCAUUAA